AUGCAUGGCGGCAGCGGCGUUAGCGUAACUUUGCAGGUGCUCGGCGUGGGUAUCAAUGGCAAAGUGGUGGAAUGUGAAAGCCGUAAAACAGGCGAAAAAUUUGCUCUAAAGGUUUUACGUGAUGUUCCAAAGGCACGGCGAGAGGUGGAACUGCAUUAUGCGGCGUGCAACCAUAAGAACAUCGUCCGGAUAUUGGACGUCUAUGAGAAUACCUACAAUCAAGUGCAGUGCUUGCUUGUUGUGAUGGAAUGCAUGCAAGACACGAGGCCGUUGGAGACGCCAUGCUAUACACCCUACUAUGCUGCUCCGGAAGUAAAUUUUCAGCAAACUUAUGCAGUGCUUGGCCCCGAGAAGUAUGAUAAGUCGUGCGAUCUCUGGUCCAUUGGUGUGAUCAUGUAUAUCUUGCUGUGCGGCUUUCCGCCCUUUUUCUCUGCAAACGGGCUGCCAAUGUCGCCUGGAAUGAAAAACCGUAUCAGGUCAGGGAAGUAUGCAUUCCCAUCGCCAGAAUGGGACCGCGUCUCCGAAGCCGCGAAAGAUCUGAUUAGAAAGUUGCUGCGCACAGAUCCGAGUGAGCGCUAUACGAUCGAGGAAACAAUGAACCAUAAAUGGAUCACGCAUUACCAGAAGGUACCUGAAACACCUCUCUUCACAGCUGCAGUACUCGAGGAAGAGAAAUCGCAGUGGGGCGAAAUGCAAGCAAGUUUUAUUUCAUUUCUCUUCCAAAUUUGGCCUGUGCCUUAA